UUAGAAUGUAUAAGCUGGAUUUCGGAGACUAUUUCAGGGUUGAGAAUACUGCAGUGACUCACCCCGAAGUAGCGGCAAUGAGUCAAUGCAAUAUGUUCUGCUUCAUACACUCUAAUGUUCUCUGAUUGGCCGAGGGCGGUAGAAUUGAUUGAGCUGACGAUUGAACUUCCAGGCGAAGGAUUUGGAUUCCUGCCUUUGGUCAGGAUAAUAAACGGUAUACGUGUAAGUAUCUGUGUGUCGUGGCUAUCUUCACUCUUUUAAAUUCGCCAGGAAUGUAGCUGUUAUCUCAUUAUUAUCAUGAGGCGUGUUGUCCGAACUAGCUAUGUCGUCAAAACACGCUUGGAAGGUGGAUUUAAUCCCGUGGGAUCAAAAAUCCGCGGGGCAAGUCAACAGAUUGUAUGAACAGAGACUAGCCUGUGGUUGGGAUGCCGAGGAAGUACCUUCUUUUGUCGAAUCUGUUAAACAAGGAGAAAAGGUAUUCUAUUGGAUUGUUCUCGCGGAUGAGGUCCCAGAGCGCGGGGCAUAUCUGACACAACACAUCGCUAAAUAUUCUAAAGAGGCAUCUCCUCUGACGGAUACGACAGAUGAAGUUCGUUUUGUUCCUCGGGUACCGAGCAAGAAACAAUUCACGCCGAUAGGACACAUCGCUCUAGCGAUUCAUCCGUCGGAUGAGGAUGUGCAACUUGGUCUCCCAAGAUCCGGAGUGGCUUGGGUUCACCAAUUAUAUGUCUCUUAUGUAUUGCAAGGUGGGGGUUUCGGGGCGGGUGCCAUGGGGAGGGCUGAGCAACUAGCCGCUAUGGAGCCACUCAAUGCCUCAAUUAUAGCGCUUGACACGGUAGCAAAAGAAAUUCACGCGCAAAAAGAAUUUCUAAAACUCAUAUACGAAGGCCGAGGUUUGCCGCAGCCAACUAAAUCGAAUGAAGAGUGGUAUAUCAGUUUGGGUUAUGAAAUCUUUGCGCGGGUUAAGGAUGGGCGCGAAUACAAGUAUCCGGGCGGAACACUUCCGUUGGAGAUCAUUUACCUGAAAAAGACCAUAAAAUAGACAAUCCAAGCCACCACAAAAGCAAGUCCGACAUAAAAAUCUUCCGCUCUGUUACCUGGGUAAUAAAAUGCGAACGAACCAGGUCGUGUAGCAGGCACCAGCAAAAUGUGCACUUUUUUCGGUGAUUCAUCAAGCCUAAAAC